AUGGCCGAACCACAACACCCGCCGCCACCUGCGGAGGCUCCGGCAGCGCCGUCGCCGCCCUCUUCCGCUGCCGAAAAUGCUUCCCCUGCACCGGACAAGGAAGACCCACCAGCACAGCCAACAUUAACUGAACAAACUCCGCCUCCUCCUCUUGAUCCUCUUCCUUCUGAUGAACCUCCGGAAAUUCCAGAAAAGGAAGAGCAACAGCCGCCGGAAACGGAACCUGAGAAGACCUUGACGUUGGAGAAAGAACCGGAGCAGGUGACCGUGGAGUCUAGAUCGCUUGCGGCAAUGAUGGAGAAAAAGGAGCUUCUGCCGCCGCAGCAGGAAAAGCCACAAGAGAAAUCUCAAGAAGAAGUGAAGCUGGAGACUCACUCGCCGGAGGAAUUCUCCACUUGGGGAAUUCCUCUUCUGAAAUAUGACCGGAGCGAUGUCAUUCUGCUGAAAUUCCUCAGAGCCAGGGAUUUCAAACCCAAGGACGCUUUUAUCAUGAUCAAGAACACAAUUCAAUGGAGAAAAGACUUCGGCAUCGAGGAGCUUGUCGACGAAGAUCUCGGCGAUGACCUGGACAAAGUUGUGUUUAUGCAUGGACAUGACAAGGACGGGCAUCCAGUUUGUUACAACGUUUAUGGAGAGUUUCAGAACAAGGAGUUGUAUCAGAAGACAUUUUCAAAUGAAGAGAAGAGGAUGAAGUUUUUGAGAUGGCGGAUUCAAUUCUUGGAAAGGAGUAUAAGGAAACUUGAUUUUAGUCCUGGUGGUGUUUGUACUAUUUUUCAGGUUAAUGAUCUGAAGAAUUCCCCUGGACCUGGAAAAAGAGAGCUUAGAUUGGCAACUAAACAGGCUCUGCACAUUCUUCAGGACAAUUACCCUGAGUUUGUGGCCAAACAGGUAAUAAUUAGAAUGAUAAUCAAAUUAAUUGCUGAUUAAAUUUGAAUUAACUAGGAUUUAAUCUUUUGAAAUCAAGAAAACUCAUAACAUUUAUUUAUCGCAUCAAUAAAUUGGAUGA